AUGGGCGCCGCAUGCUGCCACAGCACGCGCUUCAACGACCCGCUGCUGUCGCUCUCGGCCUCUGCCAUGAGUGUCGAGAUGCACCACUUCUACACACCGUUAACCGCUACGUCCCUGUCGUCCCCCCCUUCGCUCUCGUCCUCCUCUGCGAGGCAAUCGCUGGCCAACUACGUUUCGUUUCCCUUUCCGUUUGUCGUGGAGCCCACGACGACGACUGGUACACAAACGGGACACACGAAUAAGAAAUUGAAACGAAAGAACAGGCGAAUGAAAACGAUGCAGAAGAGAAUCAAGAAGCAGAAGGGACACGAGACAAAGACCGUGGCGACACCAUAUGUGGGGGAGCACUGCCGCCAGACGACGCGAGGAACGUUUGUGCCGCUCACGCUCUUCGAGCUGAGUGUCCGCCACGUCUGUGCCCAAUUAGUGGUACACCAGCACAAGACUCUGCGCGCUGCUACUCUACCUCCCGAAGUCGCCUCCAACGUCUUACAGUGGCUACGACGGCACCAUAUUCUGGACAAGUCAAAGUUUCAUGCGCUUGCUCCGUUCUUGCUCGUCACGUGGAACUUGGCCGACCACCAGGAGGUUGAAGACUCGUGGUUUGAUGGCAUUCCAGCGACGACGUUGGCGCAAGUGAAGAGCAUUGACGUGUCGGGGUGCGUCUACUUGCACCACGUGGGCUCAGAAAAGGGACGAGUCCAGUUGCCGCAGCUGGUCACGGCCUCGUUUCAAGGAUGUUCGAGUCUCUCGACCGAAUCGGUUCAGUCGUUGACGUUUUCGACUAACUUGACGGCCCUCAACUUGUCGGGCUGUGUCAAUGUGGACGAUGAGAGCGUUCGAGCACUGAGUGCGUUGAGACACUUGAGGUCGUUGCAGUUGGUUGGCUGUUGUAAGUUGACAGAUAAGGGGGUCAAGCACUUGGUGGCGAUAGCAGGACUCGAGAAACUGGGUCUUGGCCGCUGUGGAAGACUCACUGAUGAUGCAAUAGUUGGCUUGGCCUCGUCAUUGCGUGCAUUGCGAGAGCUGGACGUCGCACACUGUCGCCUGAGUGAUAGGGCCAUGCAGCACAUUGGUGGUGUCAACAGUCUGGAAGGCCUGGUUAUUCGUGGCUGCCAUGAUGUGUCUGAUGCCUCGAUGGGAUUCCUCGCUGGGCUAACGAGGCUCAAGUAUUUUGACGCGCGGCACUGUCACAAGAUCCAUUCCAUCCCGAUAGAGUGGACGCAGCUGCAGGUGUUGCUCCUUGGGUACACUGCAUUUGCUGAGUCCGAUACAGCUCGCUUGCAGCACUUCACCGAGUUACAACAGCUUGAGCUUCGCAAGUGCCACAUUAUGAAAAGAGGAUUUGGGUAUGUCAGCCGCCUUGAAAAACUCACAAAACUUGAUUUGAGCGAGACCUCGUUGACGGAUGCUGCACUGAUGAAGAUAUGCGACCGUGUAACCAACCUGGAGGUACUCAACAUAUCCAACACCAGAAUCAGUGACAAUGGAACGUCCGGCCUCGCUAGGCUAAAAAAGCUGCGCACUCUUCACUUGGACACACCAGAGAUCACGAACAGUGCGCUGGCAGACGUGUGUUUUCUGUUGCAUCUUCAGCGGUUGGAUUUGUUUGGCGCAAAUAUCACCGACGAUGGACUUAUGUAUCUUGUUCAGCUGCGCGAACUUCGAGAACUGACGAUUUGUGGAGGCAACGUCAGUGAUCGUGGCGUGAAGAUUAUUUCGGGGUUAGCGUUGCUGACAUAUUUGAACCUGAGUCAAAAUCGAAAUGUGACAUCCAAGUCGUUGUUUCGUCUUCGAUCUCUUACUAGUUUGCGAUGUCUAAACUUGUCGAAUACGGGCAUCUCAGCACCAUCACUACGUCAGUUAUCGCCUCUAAAGGAGUUACAGUCUCUGUCUGUCUACGGGUGUUUACUAUCGCAAAAACAUAUUGACGAGUUGAGGGAUGUACUGCCGUCGUUGAAGUGCUUGCGAUGCAAUUGA